CCCAUUUACUAAGCUUAAGUUAUUCUAACUAAUAUAUUCGGAUAUCUAUAUUAAUGUUACAUUUUUUAAGACUUAUGUUGGAUAUUGGGUGGCAAUCGAAAAAUAAAAAAUAAACAGAAAGAAAUAAACUAUUUAGAAAACCAAUUUAUAUUAUUUGUAGUCAACCAAGUAUUAAUUUUGCCUUUUAUUUUAUUAUAGCUUUUAUUUCUUAUGUCUUUAGGUAACAUAUAUUAUUAUAUAUGUCCCUCAACAUCGAUAAGUGCUGUUCUAUAAGAUUCAGUAGACGCACCCAUAGUGUUCCCUUGCAGUAUUACUUAAACAAUGUUCGCUUGUCUGAAGUUUCUAUCAUUAAAGAUCUUGGUGUCUAUCUAGAUACUAGGCUAAUGUUCACUGAGCAUUUUGAAGUGGUAAUUGGCAGGGCUAAUAAAAUGAUGUUGGGUUUUAUUAAGAGAGCUACAAGGGAUUUUACAAGUAUAUACGCCUUAGACUAUAUACCUACAUUCUGUAGAGACAGGACAAGGUGCCUGUUUGUUUUGCUCCAACAUUGAUGCACAUUAUAAACACCACAUUGCUCGGCGUAGUAAAUUAUUGUUGGAAAACAUUUGGUCGCGAUCACACUAAACGUCCCCAAAUCUUCUACUUACCACCAAUAACUGAGUGUCCUUUUCCAACUUCUUAUACAAGACAAGGAUAAGCAACCACACGGCUACCUAAGAACGCACCCCUCGACUCUACUCUAGUCGAGUCUUGAGAUCUUCUUUAGUGCGUUGUUGACAUUUGUGGUGGUCAAAACGGAUUUAUUUUUAUUUUCUAGCGAAUAUUUUGUGAUUUUUUCGUUCGUUUCGUGAGUUUUUUUAAUAAACAAUGGUAUUAGCCCGUUACAAGUGCCUUGUGUGCAAAAUUUCUAGCAGUCAUAAUCCUCAGCUCAGCUGAGUUUUCACGGAUCAGCUGCAACCGAGGCUGCAAGAACCAGAGGAAUCAGCUUUAGAUAACUCUAAUGAGGCUUGUCGUGAGAUGAGUCUAAGACCAGUUGUGGUGACUGAACCAAAUCUAAAUGAACCAGCUUUGGAUGACUCUUGUGUGACUGGUCCUGAUGGUUUGUCAAUAAUGGAGCAAGAAACUUUUCAAACUGAAACAUGCAACAAAGAAGCACUUUUCUCAGAAACCGACACCUUAAGUUUGGUGGGAAGCUCAAAACACUCAUCAUAUACUGCAACAGCUUCUUCAACAGAGAGGGAAAUAUUUCACUUCCAAGAGAGGCUGUAGGUUUAAAAUCCAAAUUUAGAGGUACUUUAGGAUUAAUCGAAAAACCUGUGCAGAGGAAAAGAAGGUACAUUGGCGACCUAACUGGUGAAGAUUUUGGUACACCUAGAAAAAGGCAACGAAAUCCGCAACUAGUCAAGGAAGUGGUUUAUAAGCAACGAAGUAAAAUUAACAGUUUGCAAGCUACUGUUAGACGUUUGAGAAAUAAAAUCACCAAUUUAAACAGCCUUAUACAGCAUCUUAGAACCAAUAGGUGCCUACAUAAGUAUUGCAUUCAGCUUAAAAUGUUUUAUUUCUAUUAAUCUACACAUCUAUAUAUUAUAUUUGAACAAUAUAUUGAUAUUUCUUGUAUUAA